AUGGUCGCGGCAGCAGUUUUCGGUCGGCGAAUAGAUUCGUCGCCGAUAGGAGAAUUGAUUGCGGCCGGAAUAACAGGUCAUUGCAAGACAAGGAUACAUUGGCGUGGUGGAGCUAGUAUCGGCAGUGAAAAAUAUCAAAGGACCAACGGUCACCAGACAAGGGACUGUCGGCAUUUGCGUGAAGAGGUAGCAAUAUUGCUAAAGAAUGGUCAUCUCAGAGAAUGUUUAAGUCACCGGGCUAAAAACAACUACGGUCGCAAUCUUGAUAAUGUGGAACCUUCAAAAUCAGGAGAAGAUCCCCUACGCAUGACGAUCAACAUGAUUUUCGGGGGGAACGAGAUUAACGGGGUUACAUUCUCGAUAGUAAAAAAGAUGAAGGUGUCAAUGACACACGGUAAGAGACUCCAAAAAGUCGUUGAAGACGACAUUACUUUCACGGAGGAAGACGCAGAUGGAUUGUUGCUACCGCACAAUGAUGCAUUGGUAAUUUCCUUAAAUGUCUUAGAUUUUCAAAUUAAACGUGUUCUGGUGGACCCAAUAAGCUUAGCCAACAUUAUACAAUGGAGGGUGUUGGAGCAAGCCAAGCUCACCAGAAGCAUUAUUUCGGCCACAAAGAUCCUCGCCGGGUUCAACCUAGCAAGUGUGACAACCCGAGAGGAGAUCUUGUUACCUACGAAUGCUGAGGCAGUGAUGAAGACGUCUCUUUUCGAGGUGGUGGAGCGCGGCAUGGGCUAUAAUAUUAUCAUGGGUAUAUCGUGGUUGCACUAG